CGCUGACUCGCCAGCAGAUGUCGCUGCGGCGGCGCUCACAUCACAAGUCUAUCCAGCGUGGAGACGCGGGCAGAGAGAAAACAAGAGAGUCAGUCUGGGAGACACUGUCAGCGACAUAGACAUCACAAGGCUCCUCCUGCCGCAGCAGCAGCGGCAACAGCCAGACUGAAACGUACUUUUUAAUCGCAAGAGACCCAGCAGCAGCGCCGAAGCCAAGGAUCUGCAGACAGUCGCGUGCAGACAGCCGUCUGCAAGCAGACUAGAGCUGCGGCUGAAGUAGGCGAGCGAGCGAGCGGGCAGGCGGGCAGGCAGGCGACGGCGGCUACAUAACGGAAACGGAUCUCGGAGCUGCGCUCGAACCGACAUGGCCAUGUCGCUGAAUCAAGCCUGCCGCAGCCUGGCGCUCUCAACAUGGCUGCUUUCCUUUUGUUUCGUGCAGUUCCUCUGCUUGGACUUCACGGUUGCCGAGAAGGAAGAAUGGUACACGGCCUUUGUAAAUAUCACCUACAUGGACCCCAACACUUCAGAAGUGAAGAGCGAAAGGACGGAGUGCGGCCGCUACGGGGAGCACUCUCUCAAGCAGGACGCCCGGGGGGUUGUAGCUAUGCCGGCGGCUCCCCACGACAGGUUGGCUUGCGACCCCAACACCAAAUUUAGCGUCCCGGCCAGUGCCAGGAACUGGAUCGCGCUCGUUCCCAAAGGAAACUGCACUUACAGGGACAAGAUCCGACACGCCGCCGCGCAAAACGCCUCGGCAGUGGUCAUCUUCAACGUGGGCUCCGGCGUGGCCAACGAGACCAUCACGAUGCCCCACGCAGGUGCUGGAGAUAUUGUGGCAAUCAUGAUUCCUGAGCCCAAAGGGAAAGAGAUUGUAAUGUUACUGGAAAGGAAUGUCACCGUGAUGAUGCACAUCACCAUAGGGACGCGCAACCUUCAAAAAUACGUCAGCCGCACGUCGGUGGUCUUUGUUUCCAUCUCUUUUAUUGUGCUGAUGAUCAUCUCUCUCGCCUGGCUAGUCUUCUACUACAUUCAGAGAUUCAGAUAUGCAAAUGCAAGAGACCGGAAUCAGCAGUUCAUGUUUUCCCAGAGACGUCUUGGAGACGCAGCCAAAAAAGCCAUCAGCAAACUUCAAGUCCGUACAAUAAGGAAGGGAGACAAGGAAACAGAGCCAGAAUUUGAUAACUGCGCAGUGUGCAUUGAAGGCUACAAACCAAACGACGUUGUGCGAAUUCUGCCAUGUCGGCAUCUUUUCCACAAGAACUGUGUAGAUCCUUGGCUCCAAGACCACCGCACAUGCCCGAUGUGCAAGAUGAACAUUCUGAAAGCAUUAGGAAUCCCGCCAAAUGCCGACUGCACAGAUGACAUCCCCCAAGACUAUGAAGGUUCCAUAGGGGGGCCCUCCACAAAUCAGAUAACAGGCUCGAGCGACUUAACGGUCAAUGAGAGUUCUGUGAUCCUCGAUCCUGCAAUCAGGACAAUUGGGCUUCCUCAGGUCUUCCAGGACGGUGACACGAGCCCUCAGUUGGGUGAAGUCAAUAACCUCACAAAUAAUGACAACGAUCCAGCAGUGAGCAGUGAUUCGGACACCUCGUUGAUUCUGGCCGUGGAGGUUGGACUUUCUGACGUAGAGCUCUCCACCGAUCAGGACUGUGAAGAGGUGAAAUCCUGAAAUGAUCCCAAAACAGUUUACUUGGCAAUUUUGUUUCUUUUUUUUUUUCUUGUUUUUAAACAAUAGAUUACUAAAGCGGAACACCACAGAAUAUAAGGGAGCUGCAUUUGGAGGACGGCCUUGCAAAGCAAUACCAUCUUGGGAGUCUUUGGUCGCAGGCCUUCAUCAUCUGCAGACUUUUGGAUUGUUCUCAUGAACAUCACGCCUCCUUCCAUCCCAGCUUGUCUCUGUUCAAUCCCGGCUGGCAAAUGUGAACUGAACAGACGUCGGCUUGCGUGUGUUUUUUUUGUUCUGCGGUCUGAAGCGACACCGUGACCCUCCAGUAUAUCCAGCUCUUAAGUGUUCUGUGAGACAUGUGCAAUAUAAACUUUUCUUUUACUCAUCCCAGUCAUCACUGCCAAACCAUUCCGGCGAAUGAAGCUUAACGAGAGGGUGUGUGAGUGUGUGCACGUGCACAUAAUUUUUUAUUUUUUUUUUUGUCGUUUCAUAAUGUAUUUUGGUUUUUGGCAAUCACUAGGGCUGCAACUGCUUUGUGCGUUGUGUCAAAAAAA